GUGCGCCAGCGACCCGCCCGGCCCUCGGCUCCGCCCCUGCUCGGCGUUUGGCGUGGGUGCCCACAGCAGAACUCCGGCGGCCCGCUACCCCGCCUCCAGCUCGGGCAAUCCUGCCCUCGGCUCUGGACCACCCCGAUCCCGCCCCACGCUCUCAGCUCCGCCUCAGCAGGAGUCUCCGUUGCCCCGUUAGCCCUCCUGUGCCAUGCUCAGCAUGGGUGGGGGGCUGAUUGAGAGGUAUGUGGCCGCCAUGGUGCUGAGCGCCGCCGGCGAUACCUUGGGCUAUUUCAAUGGGAAGUGGGAGUUCAUUCGGGAUGGGGAGACGAUACACCAGCAGUUGGCCCAGAUGGGUGACUUGGAAGCCAUAGACGUGGCACGGUGGAGAGUCAGUGAUGAUACCGUCAUGCACCUGGCCACAGCAGAGGCCCUCGUGGAAGCCGGCCAGUCCACGGAUUUGCCUCGGCUGUAUUCCCUGCUAGCUAAACAUUACCGGGACUGCAUGGGAGACAUGGAUGGCCGGGCACCAGGCGGUGCUUGCAUGCAGAACGCCAUGCUGCUGCAGCCCAACAGGGCUGACGGCUGGAGGAUUCCCUUCAACAGUCACGAGGGUGGCUGCGGGGCGGCCAUGCGCGCCAUGUGCAUCGGGCUGAGGUUCCCCCACCCCAGCCAGCUGGAUCUGCUCAUCCAAGUGAGCAUCGAGAGCGGCCGGAUGACCCACCACCACCCCACAGGCUACCUCGGCAGCCUUGCGUCCGCUCUUUUUACGGCGUAUGCCGUGAGUGGCAAAUCACCGUGGCAGUGGGGAAAAGGGCUGAUGGAGGUGCUGCCGGAAGCCAAAAAGUACAUCACCCAGUCAGGCUACUUUGUGAAGGAGAAUCUUCAACACUGGUCCUACUUUGAGAAAGAAUGGGAAAAGUACCUGGAGCUUAGAGGAAUUUUGGACGGCAAUUCGGCUCCCAUCUUCCCGCAGCCCUUUGGUGUGAAAGAAAGGGAUCAGUUCUACAUCGACGUGAGCUACUCUGGCUGGGGUGGCAGCAGCGGACACGAUGCCCCCAUGAUUGCCUACGAUGCCCUCCUGGCCGCAGGGGAUUCCUGGAAGGAGCUCGCACACAGAGCCUUCUUCCAUGGAGGAGACAGUGAUUCCACGGCCGCCAUUGCGGGCUGCUGGUGGGGAGUGAUACACGGCUUUAAAGGAGUAAACCCCGCCAACUACGAGAAGCUCGAAUACCGACAGCGGCUAGAAGAGGCCGGCAGAGCUUUGUAUUCUCUCGGGUCAAAAGAAGACGCUGUAUUAGAUCCCUAGGGAGAAGCUGGUUGGUUUCUGGCAGUUUCUUUCCCUAUAGCCCUGAUGCUCAGUCUCUUCGGCUUUUCGAGAGUCAAGAAUCCUAAUUUUGUGUUUGAAGAGUUCUGAGAUAACAAGUCCCUUGGAUGCGUUGAGCCCUGCCUUUCCACAUUUACCCUGCUCUCUCCCCGAGUUCCUCUCUUGUGUGUGAGAAUCUUUUUAUUUCAGUUGAUGGGGUCAGCUUUUCCCAUUCAAAAACCUCAUAACCUUGUAUUCGAGUCUUUGUUUUUAUCAUGCAAUUGU